AUGGAGACGCAGGUGAAUACGGGCGGUGAGGCUGGAAGUGCUGGAAUUGAGUCACAGACAAAAAUGGACAAAAGAUUAGGACAUCAAUCUGAUGCGCAGGCUAAUAUUCAUUCCAUGGGAAAACGCGCUGAAAUGGAGACCAAAAUGAGCACGGGACCAGGAGCAGAAACUCAUACUCAAAUGGAUACUGGAGAUCAACAAAUGAGUGCUCAGGCUGAGACUCACAAUCGCGCCCGCCGCUGGGGAUACUACGGUGGAUACGGCGGAAUGGGUUACGGUGGAAUGGGAUGGGGACGUCCAUGGGGAAUGGGAAUGUACGGUAUGCGAGGAAUGGGAUACGGUUAUCCAAUGUGGGGAUAA